UCACAUAAUAUCAUCACCAGUUUUUUUUUCUUAUCUGGAUUCCACCUUAUCAGAAAUUGAGUCAUUGUUGGAUUUUUUAAAUAAUGGUUUAAUUAAGGGAUACAAAAUAAAAAUGGGUGGUUCUGCAGCAGCAUCUUCUUCUUCGGUACCUCUUUUCGUGGGUAUUUUCCUCUUCUUUAGGGCGUUGCCAACUUGUGGCGGAGUGCAGAUUAAUUAUCAACUCUCACAACCACAAAUCUACAUUGAAGAUGGGAACAUUUACAUUGUUCCGGCACAAGGAAGGAAUCUCGUAUUGGCGUCGAACGGUGACGGAAAAAUACUGUUUGACGAGAUCGAAAUGCGAAGUUUGGUAUCUUCGGUCCGAAAUAGCACCAGAGAUUUGGACAGUUUCAAACAAAUCUUUGGCUCACCGUCAAACUCUUCGGCUGGUUUGUCGCAGCGAAUCGCGUCGUUAGAACAGACAAUGUACCGUCUCAAUCUAGUGGAAACUUUGGAUACACGAUUGACCAAUGUGGAGCGACAAAUUUUGUUCAAUUCGACCCAAACGCAACAAACGGAGGACGGAUCUCGUCGAAAUUCUGUGAAUAAUCGCCUCCGCCGUUUGACCUCACGUGUGGAAGUGUUGGAAAAUCGCCUUGCUCGGGGUGGAGGUGGUGGCGGAGGGAGGAAUCCUUGCUCCAGUAAUCCUUGCAGUCACGGGGGAUCAUGCAUCCCCACAGCGUUCGGACCCUUUUGCUGGUGUCGGGACGGUUGGGAGGGCCCCACCUGCGAACAAGACACCAACGAAUGCGCCAACUUUGCUGGGACAGAUUUAGGAUGUCAGAAUCAAGCCACGUGCCUCAAUAAGCCGGGCGGAUAUGAUUGUCAAUGUCGCCCCGGAUGGAUGGGGAUUCACUGCACGAAACGUCAAGGCGAUUGUUCCUCUGGUCCAGCGUGGGAGCUUUGCGGGCAUGGAAUUUGUAUAAAUCAAGCCUCCGGAGCCAGACCGUUUAUCUGCAUGUGUGACCAAGGUUGGAAAACAGACGGAUCCAGUCCAGCGUGUAACGUUGACGUGAACGAAUGUGACACGGGUCACGCUUUAUGCUCAACCAAUCCUCCCGUGAACUGUAUCAAUACGCCGGGAUCCUACAUGUGCGGGCCUUGUCCAGCAGGCUUCACCGGAAAUGGUCACCGUUGCAUGGACGUCAACGAGUGCCUUGUGGGUAACGGAGGCUGCAGCAUGAACCCGAUGGUGCAAUGCAUCAACACACCUGGAUCUCGAACGUGUGGAGAAUGUCCUCCGGGCUACAUGGGAAAUGGCAUCGUUUGUCAGUACGUUGGUCUCUGCGCCGUCAAUAAUGGAGGGUGUCAUCCGAUGGCGAGAUGUGCAGAAAAUCCGGUGAUCGGCCAGAGUUUCGUGCAAUGUUUGUGUCCCGCGGGAUACACGGGGACUGGGAUGGGACUUCAUGGAUGUUUUCCGCAUGGUGGGACCGGUGGUGGGGGUGGUUCUGCAGUUGGCCCUCCAAAUCCAUGCGGGCCUCCAAGUCCCUGUGCAAAUUCGGGAAUAUGUCAACCACACGGGAACGCUUUUACGUGCAUUUGUUUCAACGGGUUUUCUGGUCCAACAUGCUCCACCCGACAAAAUCCUUGCCUCGUGCAACCCUCACCGUGUCAAAACAACGGCGUCUGUUCCCCCAACCCUCUCACAACUUCGGGCUUCACCUGCACAUGCGGAUCCGAUUUUACCGGGGAAUUUUGUCAAGAUCAGGUCCAAUCUUGUGGCGGAGUUUUGGCCACGGAUCAAGGUCGGCUUAGCUUUCCGCAUGACACGAACCCUGAUCUCUACAUGGACAAUAUGAACUGCGUGUGGACCAUGAGGACGGAAAUUGGCAAAGUUUUCAACCUCACGUUCAGCCGGUUUCACUUGGAGGGAUAUCCAGACGGGGCGUGUCCACAUGAUUCGCUCACCAUUUUGGACGGAGCUGACCAAUCUGCCCCACUUUUGGGUCGCUAUUGUGGCGACGUGCUGCCCAACGGGGGCUCCGUCAUAUCAACGCAUGAAUCUCUCUACAUCAAAUUUUCCUCGGACCAUAGCAUUGUCGGAUUGGGGUUUGAGUUCACGUGGAAUACGACCAGCCCCGUGUGUGGUGGCUAUAUCACAAAUAAGACGCACGGUUCCAUCAAUUCGCCCGGUUAUCCUGGAAAUUAUCCGCACAAUCGGGACUGCGAAUGGCAGAUUGCGGUCAAUCCCGGAAAACGGAUUCAACUCGUGUUUGCCACAUUUCGAAUAGAAUCUCAUCCUAAUUGCACGUUCGACUAUUUCCAAGUUCGAGACGGCCUCGAAGAGAACGCACCCAGUCUCGCAUAUUACUGUAAUACGAUCCUCCCACCGCCGAUUGUCUCGUCCGGUGCGUUUCUCUCAAUCCGCUUUCAUUCCGAUGGUUCUUCUACGGAUGCCGGGUUUCACAUCACUUUUGCCGAAGUGCCGGGAAUUCCCGGCUGUGGAGGAGUCCUCACCCAACCGAACGGCGUCUUCUCGUCUCCCGAACAUCCCGAACCGUACGCGCAUGGAUUGGAGUGCGACUGGUUGAUUCGCCUCCCAUCCCCCGGGGAUCGGAUAACUCUGCACUUUAAUACUUUCCAACUAGAAGGGUCCUCAAAUUGCCGAUACGAUUAUGUUGAAGUUCACGACGGGCCUACGCCAAACAGUGCGAUGGUCGGUCGCUUUUGUGGCUCUAGCAUUCCACCCGAUUUCCAAUCGUCAGGAUCCACUUUGUUCGUCAAGUUCAAAUCCGACGAGUCUGUCGCGUAUGGUGGAUUUUCUGCAAAGUAUGAAGCCGUUUGUGGCGGAGUCUUCUCUGAAGCGGAAGGCCUCAUCCGGUCGCCCUACUAUCCCAACCCUUACCCGAAAAAUAGAGACUGCGUCUACCUAAUCUCUGCCCCUCCCGGGAAAGGAAUUCUGCUCGAUUUUAUGGACUUUGAUAUCGAAUCCGUGUCCGACGUGCGAUGCUACUUUGAUUAUUUGGAGAUUCGUGACGGUGACACGGAAAACUCCACCCUUCUCGGCCACUUUUGCGGUCCCCCGACCUCCGCCCCGGACAGAAUCGUGUCCACCCACAACUACAUCUGGCUCAAGUUUAAGACGGAUUCGAGCGUGCAAAAUCGUGGUUUUUUGGCAAACUAUUCCACCUACGAUACCGGUUGUGGAGGGAUAAUUCGUGACUCGCAUGGCGUAAUAAGUUCCCCUGGACAUCCAGAAAUUUACCCGCAUGGCGUCUCCUGCACCUGGGUUCUGCGUGGCUUACCCGGGCAAGCAGUGCGACUCACGUGGAUCUCAUUCUCGCUCGAAGCUGCGACCGGUUGUAGAUACGAUUUCGUCCAAGUUUUCGAUAAUUCUAGUCUACUCACGAAUGGGAGUUCGAUCGGAAGAUUUUGUGGCCACGAUACUCCUCCUGUCCUCACAUCCUCCGACAACACCAUGACGGUCGUUUUCCAGUCUGACCAUAGCGUGGCGCAUGACGGUUUCAUGGCAAAUUUUGUCCUCUUAAAUACUUCGACAGUCUGUGGGGGCGAGUUCUUCUCGGAAUAUGGUAUCAUCCGCUCUCCUCGUUACCCACAAUUCUACCCGAAUCGCAAAAGCUGCACGUGGACGAUCAAAGUUCCAACGGGGAGACAAAUUCGACUCAAUAUUUCUGAUUUCGACCUCGAAGCGGGAGGAUCUAGUCGGCAGUGCAAUUAUGAUUUCUUGGAGAUUAGAAAUGGAGCCUACACGACAUCCCCACUGAUCGGUCGGUUCUGCGGAAAUGUGCAACCACCCCCAAUGAUCCCGUCCUUCAGUAACUCACUCCACCUCAAAUUCGUGAGUGACAUGUCACAUGCCGGGAGAGGAUUCAUGAUCACGUGGGACGGAACUACGACAGGCUGUGGUGGCGCCCUAACUUCCCCCACGGGAUCGAUCGUGUCGCCAAACUAUCCGCAAAACUACGGCUCUCGGACAGAAUGCAUUUGGACGAUCAGUAUCAAUCAAGGCAGCGCGUUGCAACUCGUCUUUGUCGACUUGGACAUUCAACACUCUUCCUCCUGUUGGGGCGAGUAUAUCGAGAUCCGCGACGGGCGUGACCACAGGGCUCCCCUGCUUGGCAAGUAUUGUCACUCCGACUCCGUCCUCAGCCUUAAUACGACCGGAAAUCUGGUCUGGAUCAAGUUCUUGAGCGGAUAUGGUGGAACGGGGAGAGGAUUUCAGAUGAAUUAUAGAGCAACAUGCAACCGAGUAAUCACCGGAUUUCAUGGGGUCAUUGAAUCCCCCAAUUUUCCAAAUCCGUACCCACACAAUCGAAACUGCACGUGGGAGUUGCAAGCCCCCCUCGGAAAUAAGUUGAACGUCUCCUUCUCUCACUUUGACAUUGAGGGUCCUCCUCGCGGCGGAGAGCGAUGCGUCUACGACUUUGUCAACCUCAAAGAAUGGAAGCGUCCCACCCACACGACGGACGCGGUUAGUGUGACGGAUCUCGGAAAAUUCUGCGGUUCGACGCGACCCCCACUCAUCUCCUCGACCAAGGACACGCUCUCCAUCAAUUUCGUGUCCGACUAUUCCUACGCCAUGAAUGGGUUUCGAUUAGAGUGGAAAGUUAAUGGCUGCGGCGGACGCCUCAUCGGCUCCUACAACUACCUCCGAUCUCCCAACUACCCCAACAAAUAUGGAAACAACGUCGUCUGCUUGUGGCACGUGACGACCGAACUCGGCACGAAAGUGGAGCUUCAAAUCUACGAGUUGGAAAUCGAACGAUCCGAAGACUGUCGAUAUGACGGGCUGACCGUGUACGGCGGAUCGGACGCCACGUCGCCCCAGUUGACCUCGCUGUGCCACAGUUCCGGCUCCAUCGGCUCCCCCGUCAUCGUCACGUCGCACGGAAACAACAUGUACAUCAAGUUCUACUCGGACGGUUCCGUCCCCUCGAAGGGAUUCUAUGGCUCCGUCCGCGCCGUGGCGGGCGGUUGUGGGGGAAGGUUCAGGACCCUCAACGGCUUCGUACAGUCGCCUAAUUAUCCGGGAAAUUAUGAUCAUAACGACGACUGCGGCUGGUUGAUUGAAGUCGACCAGAAUCACGUGGUGGAGCUGAGAUUCAUGGAUUUUAGUGUGGAACGACAUAUCAACUGCAGUUAUGACCAUGUGGCGAUUUACGACGGUGUCUCCACCUACGACCCCCUCCUCUUAAUGCACUGCGGCUCCUCCUUACCCUACCCUCCACUCAUCCGCUCCUCCGGAAACAAAAUGUACCUCCGACUCAAAACGGAUGGAUCCGCAUCAUCCCGCGGAUUCAAGGCCAAUUUCACGACCGGCUGUGGCGCCCGGAUCACUCCCUCGGGUUGGUCGCGUUCCCUCACCUCGCCCCAUUAUCCGAGCCCCCUUCUCCCCAACACGAACUGCAGUUGGAUCCUGUCCACGCCCGAACCCGAUGAGCACGUGACCUUCACCGUGACCAAUCUCGCCAUCCACUCCGACCCGCCGCAGACCCCGGCGUCACCAUCGUCGACGGGAUCCUGCGCCAUAAACUUUGUCGAAAUUUUGGACGGCGAAGACGUCGAGGCUCCCUCGCUCGGGAAAUUUUGCUCGACCCAGAUCCCGCCAUCGUUCACGAGUCGUGGAAAUUCGCUCCUGGUUCGACUGCAGAUUGGCGAAAAUGGGGGAGGGUUCGGGUUUCGGGGGGUUUAUGAUUUUGCGAGUUCGGCAUGCGGGUCGACGACGCUGUUGACGUCGAUGAAUGGUUCAUUUACGAGUCCUAAUUAUCCGAAUGGGUAUCCACCUAAUAUUGAGUGUAUUUGGAAUAUACAGGUUUCUGCGGGAAAUAAGAUUCAACUCUCCUUCCGCCGUUUUGAAGUUGAGUCGAGCGACCAUUGUAACACUGAUUUUGUCGAAAUUCACGAAUCCGACUCGGAGGGAAGACUUUUAGGUCAUUUUUGUGGAAACGAUAUCCCCGCCAAUUUAACGGCCGCGACCAGUUUGUGGGUCAUGUUUCGAACGGACGGAGAAGGACAGGCGGUCGGGUUUUGGGCCGAUUACAAUUUAGAACAUGGGAACGAACUCUCUGGAGCCUACGGAGUCAUCGAGUCUCCCGGAUAUCCACAAGUCAACACGAUCACGGGAACGUACUCCUGGCGCGUUUCCGUCAACGAGUCGUACGCCAUUCAAGUCGCGUUUACUGAUGUCGAUCUAGUCAAUUAUGUCGACCAACCAGGCGACUGUGAUGCCGGGUUCGUACGGAUAAUUAUUUACGACGGGUACGAUGAACAAGCCCCAAUUCUGCUUAAAUCAUGUUCUGGGACGUCUCUCUCUCCCGUAACUUCGACCGGAAAUAUCGUCUACGUCCAGUACGUGAGACCCUACUGGAGUGGAAAGUUCCGCCUCGUGUGGAAUCAAGUUCAACCAGCAAGCUCUGAAUUGGCUCACUUGUCCAACAUCACGGGCUGUGGAGGCAACUAUUCCAUCGAUGGAAACGUGACCACGCUGCUAAGUCCGAAUUAUCCCUUCGUCUACCCACACAAUAUUCGCUGCGUGUGGUUUAUCAAUUCCCCUCCGCACACCAGGAUUCAAAUUCAAGUGGAGGAUUUCGACAUGGAGUCCAAUGUAAACUGCUUAUUCGAUAAGGUUGAGAUUUACGAUGGUCAACUUGGCCUUCCCAACUACGUCUUGAAUAAGACGCUCUGCCAUCGAACCCAGAUCAACGGAACGCUUCUCUCGUCCGGGAGAUUUUUACAGAUCGUGAUGAUCACGGAUUCCUCCGAUGCGAGACCUGGGUUCAAUCUGUCGCUGUCGGCUGUUUGCGGCGGCUACUCGCGCGAGCCUCGUGGAAAAAUAACGUCUCCUGGCUAUCCUGGAAUGUACUUUCCCUCCCUCUGCGACUGGAGCAUUAUCGUCCGUCCGGGCAGAACUAUUUCCACGCGUUUCGAAUUUCUGGAUAUUUACGGAGAUUCUUCUGGAUGUGUGUCGGAUGAAUUGAUUGUUCGCAACGGUGGCAGUGAAAAUUCCCCAUUUCUCGGUGCCGGAAGAUAUUGCGGCUCAACGGCACCAAGCUUGCCGGAAACGAGUGGGAAUCAACUUCAUGUCUCUUUCCGGUCUUGGACGAGUAAUCGAAGGGGUUUCUCCCUAGUUUACGAAGAAGUGGGGGCCGGUUGUGGCGGAGAAAUUUACUUGACAGACCAAGUUCCCUCGACGAUCAUCUCAUCGCCAAAUUUCCCCAAUAUUCCGCCCCCAUUUACAGAGUGCGAAUGGCGUAUUUCCGUUCCACAAGGGGAAGCUGUCCAACUUAGGUUUCUGCUCCAGUUCGACUUCGAUCUCUCGUCUCCGAACUGUCAACGUUCCGGGAUAGAAUUGUACGAUGGAGGCACCGCAAUGUCAAAUCUGAUUGGGAGACACUGUCGAACGAUGCCAGGGACACAGAAAAGCACUGGAAACAUUAUGUACGUCCGGUAUUAUACCGACGUUCCCGAACCGAGGCAGGGCUUCAAGGCGGAAGUCAAAAUUGCCACGUGUGGAGGUCUCUUAACGGGUUGGAUAGGCCGAAUCCAAUCUCCCGGAUAUCCAACACCGUACGAUGUCAAUCUCGACUGCCUCUGGACAAUCCGCUCUCCAUCGGGGACUUAUGUGCAGCUCCGUUUUCAAGAAGUCGACCUGGGCGCGACGCCCGAAACGGGAGGUGGUGCUGACGAAAGCAGCAAUUCUUCCAUUGUGGUUAGGACAGACCCGAUCUGUCGGCAGGAUCAGGACAGAAUAUUUGUCACGGAACCAAGCAUGGCUGAUGUCGAAUAUCCGCGGAAUUGGACGAUCUGCACCACGCAACGAUUCCUCAUUCAAUCCAGCACGAACGAAAUUUCGAUCCGUUUUAUUUCCGAUGAUACCCGAGACACGACGCGGAAAGGAUUCAGGGUCGCAUUUUUUGCACGAAAUGAACCAUGCGGCGGAGUAUUCCGAGCUUCGAGUGGGGUCAUUCAAACGCCCAACUAUCCAAACCCAUACCCACACUAUCGACACUGCUCGUGGCGCAUCGUUGCCCCAGAAGAUCGACGAGUUCGCCUCGAGUUCUUGGAUUUCGACUUGGAAGAAACGUACACAUCGGGAGGGAGGAGGUUUUGCUAUGACUCUGUUUCUAUCUUCCAAGGUCGCUGGCGUGACUUACCACGCCUCUACAAUCGCACCCUUUGCGGCCCAAAUCUCCCUCCCCCCGUGGAAACUACCCAGAACGAAAUGACCAUUUACUUCGGUUCGGAUAACUCCGUGGCGCAUCGUGGUUUCAAAGCGAGAUACAGCACCGACCUUCCUCGUUCGUGUGGGGGUCUGCUCCCUCCUGGAAAUGGGACCUUGUUAUCGCCCAAUAUUUCCACCGGGACGCCUGACACGACGACGAACGCGCUCUGCUACUGGUCGACAGGAUCGUCAUCUUCGUAUACCAGAGAAACUAACGGGACGACGAUUGUGACCAUAAACUCGUUACGGAUUCCACCCUGGGGUGGUCCCAACGAUCCGAAUUGUCCUCAAGGGUCGCUACUCAUCACUCCGUCAGACGUGACGUACAAAGCGGCGUGGAAAAAGCUGUGCGGUUCCGUGUCCGGGAUGAAGCUGUACCUGCCCGGAAGUAAAAUUCAAGUAGAUUACGAGGCGGCCUGGGUCAAUUCCACGUUCAGUUUGGAGUAUCGCGUGGCUUCGUGCGGAGAAAGGUUGGCCGGUCCGCUGGACAAUAUUACGAGUCUCAAUUAUCCGUCGACCUAUCCCUUGUCCACCGAAUGCAUCUGGAUUCUCGAGUACUCACCCGCUUCUCAAAUCCGCAUCCGAUUCCUCGACCUUGACCUUGACGAUCACCGCGGUGGUGGGGACGAAGGUUGCGACCGCGACUAUGUCAUCGUGCGGAACGGGAAGUAUCAAACGUCUCCUAUGCUGGGCAAGUUUUGUGGAUCGAAUUCGCCCCCGGACAUCGUCUCCAUGUCGUCCCAUGUCUGGAUCGAGUUCCACUCGGAUGAAAAUUCCGAUCCGGGCCGGCGUGGCUUCAGCGUUCAAACGGAAAAGGUGGCGAGAGGAUGUGGGGGAAUUAUUCAUAGAAAAUAUGGACGAUUGACGUCCCCCGAGGUGCCGGCGGUGGGACCGAUCAGUGGUCCAGGAGGAGGAGGCAGUAGGAGAAGAUAUCCACCAAACACGGAGUGCGAAUGGAUCAUCGAGUCCGUUCCGGGCUACGUGAUCAAUCUCAUGUUCGAUGGACGAUUUGACAUCGAGCAGUCGACCAAUUGCAGUAACGAUUAUGUCGAGUUGUUCGCCAAGAAGGAGGGAAAUUCUGACGGAUGGGACCCUCUCGGUCGAUUUUGCGGUCGUCAAAUCCCGCCCGCCAUAAAUACGACGACUGCCUCGAUAAAAGUUAGAUUCGUCUCGAACACCGCCAUUGACGGGAAUGGGUUCUCUCUCGUGUGGUAUUCUCCGUGCGGGGGGCUUUUCAAGGAACCCUCGGGAACCAUCCGAUCCGCUCAUUUCGACCGAUUCAACCACUCUUCCUCCCUCAAUCAAGAAAAUUACUGGAACUUUGUCGGCUGGGAGUCAAACUGGGUAACGAAACGGUGCGACUAUGUCAUCCAAGCGGGGACGGAGGACUACGUCGUGCUCGAAUUCUUGUCCCCGUUUGACAUCACGGUCCCCUCGUCGUACGGGGUCAAGAGAUCCGAAGUACUGGAGGAGUGUCCCGAGGUCAACUUGACCAUGUGGCAGGGCAACAGUUCAAGUCGACCGCAAACCGAACCCGGCGUCGUGUGCGGGACGAAUCUUCCCCCCGCUUUUGUGGGGAAGGGUGCCGUCACGAUUUCGUAUAAUUAUCGACCGCAAUUCCAAAAUGAAGGCUUCCUCGCCCGCUAUUCAAUUUUCCGGUGUGGGGGUUUCAUCACAGAGCCGAGUCUCGUCUCCUCUCCGGGACACCCAUUCACCUCCGCGCCCCACAUGAAUUGCACCUGGGUCAUCCGCGCCCCAGCAAAUCGCGUCGUUCGCUUCCGGUUUGAAACCCUCGAGCUCGAGUUCCACUCCAGAUGCGUGUACGACUUUGUCAAACUGUUCGACGGGGAGGGAAUCCGGGACGACAAACUGUUGGGAACCUUCUGCGGAAAUAUGACCAAAGAUUUCCAUCCUCUCAGCUCCAAAGGAAAUUCCAUGACGCUACAGUUUAGCACGGAUUGGACGAUACAGCAUGGCGGAUUUUCUGGCGUGGUGGAAUUUACGGCGGGAGAAAGUCAAGGCUGCGGUGGGCAAAAGAACGUGUCCUCGGGCCCCGUCACGAUCCAAAGUGUGACCUCGAAUGGAAAUUACGAGCCCAUGUUGGACUGCCAGUGGCUCAUUGCUGGACCAGACUUUCACUCUUUGGACGUUACCUUCCAAUUUUUUAAUCUCGAAGGGGGUGGACGCACGCCGGGGAAAAGUGUGACGGAUACCGGAAAUCCGUGUCCAUACGAUUACAUUGAGAUGUGGGACGGUCCAGGACCAUUUUCUCAAAAAUUGGGAAAAUUCUGCGGCUCACAAACCCCACCGGCAAUCUCUUCAUCGAAUAAUUACAUCUGGAUUCGAUUUGUUACCGAUAGCUCAUAUAACUUUCCCGGAUUUACGGCAAGAAUUACGAGCCGAGAAUCCCCCUGUGGCAGAAAUUUCGUCCUUAAUGCGACCACCACCGAGUCACAAGUACUAACUUCGCCCCAAUAUCCGUCCCAAUAUCCGCCCAACACGAGGUGCAAAUGGAUUAUUGAUGGAGCCUCAUUUUUCGACGAGGUCGACGUAAAGUUCAUCGAGAUGGACAUUCCCCCAAGUUCAGAUUGUUCCAAUGACUGGCUCGAAAUUAAGGAUGUUUCCACAUCGUACACUUCUCCCGAGGGAAUUAGCGGACCUAUUCUUUUCAUUGGAAAUGGACCAGUCGACUGGAGACACAGACAUGUCCAGGCUGACGACGUGAUCAUGCAAGACGUCCGCUACUGCGGGAGUCAAACUCCGCCCGACUUUUUCUCUGUGGGACGCUCCAUCGAAUUGGUCUUCCGUACGGACUCUUCCGGUUCUGGGAGAGGUUUCAAACUCGAGUACAAGGCGGCUGGCUGCAACCGAACCUACGAGAACCAUCAGGGACGAAUCUUCUCCCCUGAAUUCCCCUCCCAUUCGCCGGUCAUGUCAAACUGUCAGUUUUCCAUCCGUGCCGGAAAUGGAACCUAUAUUUCGCUAUAUUUCAACAAGUUUCUACUUCCUGGAACACCUGCGACGUCCCUGGAAUGCUCCGAAGCCGCAAUGGAGGUCCGCGAUGGAUCGCCGAAUGGUCGCGGUCUCGGAAAAUUCUGCGGAUCGUCCCUACCAAACCCGAUAUUUUCUUUGAGCAAUGUCCUCUGGAUUCGCUACUUCACCCGAAUCGCGUUAAGUCGAGGGUACGACAUUUCGUACACGACGACAACAUCCGGUCGAGGCUGUGGGGGCGCAUUUUUCCACACCGGGGGCAGCUUCAGCAGUCCAAUGUAUCCCGGAAAUUACUCUCUUGAUUCGGAUUGUCGUUGGAGAGUCCGUGUCCCGGCUGGGCUCGUGGUCCAGAUGAACUUUACGGAUUUCCUAAUUGGAGGCGAUUGUUCUACCGAGUUUGUCGAAAUACUUUCCACAGAUCCACACAACCCGACCUUGCCAGGCGUGCUUUUCUCCAGAUUUUGUCCGGGGGACACCAUUUCGACCUACACUGGAACCACAUCCGCCGCCGAGGUGCGGUACAAGACGAGCCUUAACAAUACCGGGGGUGGAUGGAGGGCCGUCUUUAAAGGCGUCACACCUAUUCGACUUCCUCCCCAAAGCGUUACAAAUUAAUUUCAAGAAACAUAUUAUUAAAUAAAUACAAUAUCAAUUUGUUCAUUGUCGAAUUUCGUAACCUGAUAAUAUAUAUAAUAAAGGCGGAUUUUUUAUCAUAUAAAUACCAA